AUGCUCACUGGAGCCUUCCCAUGCCACCCCAUGCGGACGGCAGGGAUUCUGUGGUCUCUGCAAGACGACAUUGGCCGGUUCGGUCUCACCCUUGCGAGUCCCACUUGGACGUUCCGAGAAAGUUCUUUUUCCCAUCAGGCUGCGCUCACCGAGACUGAGGCGCGGACCGGCACCCACCGGCACCUAGCAGAUCGCCACAAGACCAACGUUACUGGCUGGCUCGGAUUUGCGUCGUCGCCCCCGAAAGCAGAACAAGGCUGGCUCGAGCCCUUUUCUGGAGACUUGAUCCUGUUUAGCGCAAGACGGCCAGGGGAAAGGGGAAGGGGAAACAAGAGAGGGAAACACAAAAGGGACAUACAUACCAUGGCUCGGAAAGGUAGCCGAAAGGUCAGGACGGGAUGUUUAACCUGCAAAGUUCGCAAGAUCAAAUGUGACGAGACGAGACCAUUCUGCAACCGUUGUACCGUCACGGGCCGGAAAUGCGAUGGCUACCCGCACGUUGCCGACUUGUCCGAUGUCUCAUCAAGCUCCCCCGGCUCGUCCAUCAUUAGACUCCAACCGAGCCGCGCCUCUCCCGGCAUCAACACCCCCAACGACAGUCGUGCCUUGCAGUACUUUGCCGAAGCCGUGGGCCCGCUCCUCUCAGGCGCCGUAGACCCCUACUUCUGGACGCAUAUCGUCAUGCAGUUCAGCACCCUCGAACCGGCUGUCACGCACUCUAUCCUGGCUAUCAGUGACCUCUACGAGCAGUUCCACACCGGGGACAACGCGGCAGUCGUCCCCCGGGACCACAGUUUUGCCUUGCGGCACUACAAUGCCGCUAUCCAUGAGCUGAAGGGCAUGAUGUCCCGCGAGAAGCAGCCCGUCGUGCUGCUCGUCUGUCUGUUGUUUAUAUGUAUCGAGUUCCUGCGGUCGGGCCGCGAAGCUGCCAUUAGACACUGCAAGCACGGCGUCGCCAUCCUGCGGGACACUCACAACGAGUUCCCCUGGACGAAAGAACACCUGCUCCCGCUCUUCCGCCGCCUCUCCGAGUAUUCCUUCUUCUUCAGCAAUGAGAAAUCCGACUUUCCGGACCUGAGCGGGCUGGAGCGCCAUGUCCCGCCCAAUUUCUCGACGUUCCAGGAUGCCCAGUUGAUGAUCGACGAUAUAUAUUGCCAGACGCUGCAGCUCAUGAAGAAAGGGUACCCCUACCGCGACGACUCGCUCAGGGGCUGUGCCGUCCCACCGGAAUUACUCGCACAGCAGGAGAACAUCAAUCAGCUGCUGGAUAGGUGGAACGCCCUGUUUACCCAGUUCAACGACCGGAUCCGGUACUCGGACACCCCUACCACCAAGCUGUUCGAGCUCGAGGAAGACUAUCUGCCCAAGAUGCUCCGGGGUUUUCUUUCAACGCGUUAUGAAUGCUGCCGCGUCUGGCUGAACAUGGCAUUCAUGAACAACCAGACAGGGUUCGAUAAAUUCUUGACGAACUACAGCCGCAUAGUCAAAAACCUCGCCACGACAGUCGUCGCCGUCUCGGAGCGUUCGAAACUCGCGAGCCUCAGCGCGAAGACGCCAAAGUUCAUGUUUGAGACGGGGUACACGCCGAUGCUGUUCUUCGUCGCCACCACGUGCCGGCACCUGGAGACGAGGCUGGAGGCCCUGCGCCUGAUCCCCAUCCUGGGCCUCCCGCGCGAGAACCUCUGGGAGAUGGCGACGCUGGUCGCCAUGGCGCGGCGGACCAUCGAGCUGGAACACGACAUAUCCCUGGACCCCUACGGACGACCCCUCGCCCCGAUCGAGCCGGGCUGGACCCUGCCGGCCAAUGAGAAGAGGAUAGUGGAUAUGUGGACGGAGCCGAAGACCGAGGAGAAGAACAUCAUGGGCCACAUUGUGCGCGGGAGGAUAGUCGGCUUUUUCAGGCGUAGGGCCGACGGGAGCACCUCCCUCCACACCGAGUUUGUAGAAGUGAGGAACGUCAAGGAUGAAGUCGGCGCAUCUCGCGUUGGGUCGCCCGUGAUAAUUCCAUAGCAAUGGCCCUUUGUUCAUUAUUGAGAAGCCUGGACUACGUGGCCUGGUGGCACAUCGCUUGCGACAUGCCUUUGGCCGAUGUACGGCCUGUGCUGGAGGUGCUCUCGAAGAGAGACUACAGGCAACCCAGACUGACGAUUGCAGAUGAAGUGGAAAUAGGUUUCAGGAUACCCACCCCGUAAAUACGAUGGAAAAGAUAACAACUACUGUCUCAGUAUCUGCUUGUUUUGAUAGCAAAGGCUCCUAUUUAAUCUACAGGGUGCAGUUCUGAAAGGGCAAGUGGUAGAGAGAAGUGGUGAAAUGGAAUGCACGAGUUCAAUGAGUCUUGGGAAAGCCAUGGUUUAGGUGGGAGAUCUACCUGUACUGGAGAGUUAGACAGCUAUUGAGGCCUUAUC